AUGUACUGGUUCAGAACUGAAUCAGAACGAUUUGAUCCAGGCAUUAUUUACACUCAGAGGAACAUCAACGACAAAGAUUUGGAAAGAAGCUGCUCCUACAGUUUAUCUGUACGAGACUCAUCUGAUGCUGGACUUUACUACAGCGCUGUGGUCACAUGUGGAUCAAUCCUGUUUGGUGAAGGAACCAAAGUGGAGACAACUCUUAUUCAUACUCUUGAGGCUUCCCACCUGAUCUCCUUAACUCUGGUUGACAUUGGUGAUAAUGUUACAUUUGAUUGCAAUGUUUCUGAGAAGGAUCUUAAGUUUGUUUACUUUUAUAAACAGUCUCUUGGAUACAUGAUUGAAACAGUAGGUAGUGUAUUUCUUGGUAAACCAACGAUAAGUGAAAAAUUUAAAGACUCCCGCUUUGCAUUAACAGCAGAGGGGUCUCCUUAUAAACUCACUAUAUCAAAUGUCAGUAAAAAGGAUGAAGCAACAUAUUUAUGUCACACUGGGACAACAUAUUCACAGAAGUUCAUCAAUGAGACAUUGUUAGUUGUGAAAGAUCAUAAACAGCAGAAUUCUCUCUACUUAGAACAACACCCAAAGACUGAGUUGGUUCAGCAGGGAGAGACUGUAACUCUCCAGUGUUCACUUCUCUCCAAGAACAAAGAAAAAGUUCAGUGCCCAACUAAACCCAGUAUGUACUGGUUCAGAACUGAAUCAGAACGAUUUGAUCCAGGCAUUAUUUACACUCAGAGGAACAUCAGCGACAAAGAUUUGGAAAGAAGCUGCUCCUACAGUUUAUCUGUACGAGACUCAUCUGAUGCUGGACUUUACUACAGCGCUGUGGUCACAUGUGGAUCAAUCCUCUUUGGUGAAGGAACCAAAGUGGAGACAAGAUUAGAGUACCUAGAGUUCUACCCAGCAUAA